UCUCUUAACGAAACAAAUAUGCCUACCACUCAGCAAAUCGUCGUCGGCUCGUUGGCCGUUUUGGCCACCUCGGCUGUAGGAUAUGCCGCCUAUUUUGACUACAGGCGGAGAAACGACCCGGAAUUCAGGAAGAAGCUGAAGCGAGAGCACAAGAAAGUGCACAACGUUGCGACCCGAGAGGCCCGAGAGAACAAGGCCAAGACCACACAGCUCCUCAAAGCUCAACUUGUCUCCAUCUCCAAGGAGAGUCUUCCCAACAACCCUGCUGAGCGAGAACAAUACUUCAUGGAACAGGUGGCUAUGGGAGAGGGUUUGGCUCAGGCCGGCCCUAUGAACGAGGUCCCUGCUGCUCUAUGCUUCUACCGAGCUUUGCGAGUAUACCCUAGCCCCGUCGAGUUGAUCAUGAUCUACCAGAAGACCGUACCCGCCCCCAUCUUUGCCCUCCUGAUGGAGCUCACCUCGCUUGACGUGUCAGCCGGUCAGGCUGGAGGUGCGUCCGCACCCACCGGCAGUCUCGCCAACAUCGAUGAUGAUGACGACGAGGAGCCUGCUACCGUCGAGGCCUCCACGGCACCUACCACCACGGGAGGCAGCGGGAGUGAGGACGGCUCGCCGAGUGCCAGUGGCGAGUGGGAGGACGUUGAGGAGAGGUCUUGAGCUUGAUCAGUCGACCUCGACCCGUGGGUUAUGUGGGACUCGAGUGCAGGUAUGAAGGACAAGACGGCACCGAAACGAUAAAGACGGAAAUGAAAGAAAGACACAAUGAAUCUCCUAUGUCAACGGAGGGCUAAGAGAGUGAUCAUCGUUGGCACAUACCGCCGACUUUGGGACGCACGGGGACGCAAGCGAAUUAUCACCAUAUCAAGACAUUUCUCCACACCUGUAUCAUCAAUGCUCGAGUGAUUGUUCUUGCGUGCCUUAUGACCAUCAAUUAUGCUCGUUAUGGCCAGUGGUCAGUAGCUAUGGAUAUGCCCGUCUACAUGGCGAAUAUAGCGAGCCAUUGCCGAACGAGCUCUAUGGAUCUAUGGCCGCCGGAGGAGGCUGGUACGCGCUCGCCGGCUUGCUGAUGA